AGAAAGCCAACUUUCCUUUCAAAUACACACCCCAGCCCGCCCCGGCACACACAGAAAUGGGGACUGUGAGCAGAAGCAACAUCGCGCGCCAUCUACAAACCAACCUCAUUCUAUUUUGUGUCGGUGCUGUGGGCGCCUGUACUGUCUCUGUCACACAACCAUGGUACCUAGAAGUGGACUACACUCACGAGGCCGUCACCAUAAAGUGCACCUUCUCCGCAACCGGAUGCCCUUCUGAGCAACCAACACGCCUGUGGUUUCGCUACGGGACUCAACAGCCUGAGAACCUGUGCUUGGACGGGUGCAAAAGUGAGGCAGACAAGUUCACAGUGAGGGAAGCCUUCAUGGAAAACCAAGUUUCCCUCACUGUAAACAGAGUGACUGCAAACGACAGUGCAAUUUACAUCUGUGGAAUAGCAUUCCCCAGUGUGCCGGAAGCGAGAGCUAAGCAGACGGGAGGAGGGACCACACUGGUGGUAAGAGAAAUUAAGCUGCUCAGCAAGGAACUGUGGAGCUUCCUGACAGCUCUUGUAUCACUGCUCUCUGUCUAUGUGACCGGUGUAGGCGUGGCCUUCAUACUCCUCUCCAAAUCAAAAUCCAAACCUCUAAGAAACAAAGAAAUAAAAGAAGACUCACAAAAGAAGAGUGUUCGGCGUAUUUUUCAGGAAAUUGCUCAAGAACUAUACCAUAAGAGACAUGUGGAAACAAACCAACGAUCUGAGAAAGACAACACCACUUAUGAAAACAGAAGAGUACUUUCCAACUAUGAAAGACCAUAGAAACGUUUUAAUUUUCAAUUAAGUCACUGAAAAUCCAACUCCAGGAACUAUGGCAGUGUUAAUGAACAUAUAUCAUCAGGUCUGAAAAAAAAUAAAGGUAAACAGAAAAGACAACUGGCUACAAAGAAGGAUGCCGGAAUGUAAGGAAACUAUAACUAACAGUCAUUAUCAAAAUACCAAAACCCAACAAAAUACAACUGAAAAAUACCUUCCCAAUUUGCCAAGGAAAAAAAAAAUUCUAUUUUAAA